GCAUUAUUAUUGUAGUUACAACACAGAUUCUCCCGACCUUACUCCAUGUAAAAGCCUGCACCCUCAGUGUUCUCAUUCAACAUUCUCGGUUAGAACAACACAAAGUCUUUUUUCUGCAGCUAUGCUGGUAUACACUUGUACAUGCAUAAAUGUUUCUGUGUUAGGACUGGAGAAAUAAUUCAGUUGAUAAGAGUAUUUGCUGAGAUAACCAAUUUGAUUUCUUAACCAAUGAGGCAGAAACACUGAUCAUUGUGUCCUCACUAUAAAAUUGAGACUCAAAGCAUCUGUGUGUAUCUCCAACAGAAGAGGUCAAACACAUAAAUUCCCAAAGCUCAUGAUCAUGACAGAUGAAUUUCUGUGGAUAGAAGGGAUACCAUUCCCUACAGUUUACUACUCACAAGAAAUCGUAAGAGAAGUAUGUGACAGGUUUGUGGUAAGGGAUGAAGACACGAUCAUAGUGACUUAUCCAAAAUCAGGAACCCACUGGUUGAAUGAAAUUGUCUCCUUGAUUCUGACCAAGGGAGAUCCCACAUGGGUCCAAUCUACAAUUGCCAAUGAGCGCACACCAUGGAUAGAAUUUGAAAAUAACUAUAAACUACUAAACAGCAAGGAGGGUCCACGUCUCAUGGCCUCUCUCCUUCCCAUCCAACUCUUUCCAAAGUCUUUCUUCAGUUCUAAGGCAAAGGUGAUUUAUCUCAUCAGAAAUCCCAGAGAUGUUCUUGUGUCAGGCUAUCACUACUUCAAUGCUCUAAAACAGGGAAAGGAACAAGUGCCAUGGAAAAUAUAUUUUGAGAACUUUAUGCAAGGAAAAUCGUAUUUUGGAUCAUGGUUCGAACAUGCACGUGGCUGGAUAUCCCUGAGGAAAAGAGAAAACAUUCUAGUGCUAAGUUAUGAACAGCUGAAAAAGGAUACAAGAAAUACCAUCAAGAAGAUCUGUGAAUUCCUGGGAGAGAAUUUGGAAUCAGGGGAACUGGAGUUAGUUUUGAAGAACAUUUCUUUUCAGAUCAUGAAAGAAAGGAUAAUAUCUCAGUCUUGUCUCUCAAAUAUAGAAAAACAUGAAUUCAUUAUGAGAAAAGGCAUCACAGGGGACUGGAAGAGUCACUUUACAGUAGCCCAGGCUGAAGCCUUUGAUAAAGCAUUUCAGGAGAAAGCAGCUGAUUUUCCUAAAGAGCUCUUCUCAUGGGAAUAAUUAACACUGUAGACCUUAUUGGGAUACUCUCUAUGAUUUGUUUUCCUUGUACUUGUUUUUGAUUUAGGGAUGUGGCAUAAAAAUUACUAAUUAAUCUCAGAUACUGUAGCAAUCAAGUAUUGUGCUAGAGAAGUGACUCCAAGGAUAAAGAAUCUUGUUAAUGACCAUGAGGAUCUGAGUUCAAUCCUGGCACCAACAGAGUUGAAGGAGAGAAGUAGUUCCCGAAAUUAUUCUUAGACUUCCACAAAUGCACCAUGAUGGCUCCACCCAUAAAAUUUCUGUAAUUAAAAUAUUUCUUGAUGUCAAAUCCUUACAAUAAUGAAAUAAUUAUACAAAUUUGAUUUCUGAGUGUUUCAGAAAUUUAAAGAAAAGUAAAAUUCAGAAACAAUCAUGACAUUGCUCUUUGACCACUUCUGGACACCUCUGUGUCUGGCCCUCUGGGUUGCAGGUGACUUUCGAAUCUUAGUAAGGAUUUUCCUAAAAUAUGACCAGCUGUUGAAAAUCCAGGUCAUGAGCCUACUCACUUUUUAUGGUUCUCUACUUAUGGAAGUAGAAACUUAUACAGUUUGAUAAGAAAGGGAUACAGCUGCUUUUGAUGUUUCUUAACUUCUCCCACCCCUUUCCAGGGAAGCUUCAGGCCUGGACAAGCCAUGGAGCAGUAGAGUGCUCCUGAUACCUUUGAAGUAGAAAAGAUGCCUGCCUGUUUGUGUAACAGGCUGGGGAAGAUUCCAUUCCACAGCUAAUCAGAUUGGCCUCAGAAAAAAAUACUAACUUAUUCUCUUUGUUCCUGGAUUUCAGUGUAGAAGAUUUCUGUAUUUUUUUUAAAUACAAUUUUAUUUCUUUCAAUGAAUUUAAAAAAUAAAAACAUUUGGAACAAAAACAACAACAAAAGUAUAGUUACUUCUUCUAUUGCUUGCAUUGAAUAAAUGCUUUAAAAUAUCAUUAUAUUUAAUAGUUCUCCAUCAUUUCACUUAUACUCAAUAAAGUUGGUAAACAAAAAAUAGAAAAAGAAACAAUCAUGACUAUUUUUUUUUAUUUAAUGUCUCUAAACUUUAUUAUUCAGUCUACUCUGAGAGGUGUAAGUAAAGACUGAGACUUAGUACCUUACUCUGGGGUAUUGGAGAUAUGUAGGCCAAGCUGAGAGGAAUACCAGGGACAUUCUUCAGUUCUCUGUGGUAGAAGUGUCAAACAGAUGAUCUACAGAGAGAAUAAUAUUUUUAGAAAUAGGAAUAAGAUGUUUGAGAUGGUAAAGAGAGGGUUCAUGUUAUAUAGAGGCAAUUUUUAUUUAUGAUAUUCUCAAAUGAUCUGACCUAGACUAGCAGGUUAUUUAAAGACAAAAUUAGACUGUUUCACUCACUCUUCCAACAGAGCCUUUGUGAAUGUCUUGGGUUUUUCUCAUUUUCAAAUUGUUUCAUUUUAUUUUUCAUGAUCAGAUGAUUAAUUUUUGUCAGAAUGUGUAAGUGACCCCACUAUCCAUUUAAAUAAUAAAUACUUCAUAGUGUUGAAAUUGUUACCAACACAAUCCAACCACAGUACUGAAUGCACAUUAAAGCAUGGUAAAUGGUUAAAUCUUGUACCUAUUAUAAUAAAUCUUUACCCAU